CUUGGUUCGUUUGUCUUCUACUCAAUUUCCAUUCUGUAUACCUGGCGGACCCAUUAGCCUUCUUCCCCGACCUUGACUGAGCUGCGAUUAGAGCAAUCGAGCUCUUAUCUGCCUUAUCACCGCCUCCCCACAUCUGCUGCCAGAAGUACAUCACUUCUCUCCAAUUCACGCAGCGGAAGAAUCACCACUCUUGUAUAUACCCUCAUUUCUCAUCAUAUCUCGAUCAUAAUGACUUCCCUUUCUCGCUCCAGCCUCAGAUUGCGCUCGGUGAUGCGCGUACCGGUUGCCCGCACCAUCACCACCACCCCGCACCUUCGCGCGGCGGCGAAGCCCUUCUUUACCGAGGAGCCCGCCGCCCCCAAGCUGGCCACUGCUAUCCCUGGUCCCAAGAACAAGGCUGCGACAGCUGAGCUGGACAAGGUUUUUGAUGUUCGGAGCAUCAACAUGCUUACCGAUUAUUCCAAGUCUAUCGGUAACUACAUUGCUGAUUUGGAUGGAAAUGUCCUGCUGGACGUCUACGCCCAGAUUGCCUCCAUCCCUGUUGGCUACAAUAACCCCCAUCUUACCAACGUUGCCAAAUCGCCCGAAAUGGUUACCUCUCUGAUCAACCGACCAGCCCUCGGUAACUUCCCUUCUGCUGACUGGGCUCAAAUCCUGAAGACUGGUAUCCUCAAGGUCGCCCCCAAGGGCCUAGACCAAGUGUUCACGGCCAUGGCGGGAUCUGAUGCCAACGAGACUGCCUACAAGGCUGCUUUUAUGUACUACCGUCAGCGCCAGCGUGGAGGUCCGGAGAAGGAGUUCACCGAGGAAGAGCUACAGUCUACCAUGACCAACCAGUCACCUGGCUCUCCCCAAUUGUCCAUCAUGUCCUUCAAGUCUGCUUUCCACGGCCGUCUCUUUGGCAGUCUGUCCACCACCCGCAGUAAGCCCAUUCACAAGCUCGAUAUCCCAGCCUUCGACUGGCCCCAGGCCCCCUUCCCGUCCCUGAAGUACCCGCUUGAGGAGCAUGCCCAGGAGAACGCCCAGGAGGAACAGCGUUGCCUCCAGGAGACGGAGCGGCUGAUCAAGGAAUGGCACAACCCGGUCGCCGCCGUCGUUGUCGAGCCUAUUCAGUCCGAAGGUGGAGACAACCAUGCUUCUCCCGCCUUCUUCCGCGGCCUCCGUGAGAUCACCAAGCGCCACAACGUUCUCUUUAUCGUCGAUGAGGUGCAGACCGGUGUUGGCGCCACCGGCAAGUUCUGGGCCCAUGACCACUGGAACCUCGAGACCCCUCCUGACAUGGUGACUUUCUCGAAGAAGGCCCAGACUGCUGGCUACUACUAUGGUAACCCAGCUCUACGCCCCAACAAACCUUACCGUCAAUUCAACACCUGGAUGGGCGACCCCGCCCGUGCCCUCAUCUUCCGUGGUAUCAUCGAGGAGAUCGAGCGCCUGAAUCUGGUCGAGCACACCGCGAAGACUGGCGACUACUUGUUUGCUGGCCUCGAGCGCCUUUCUCAGAAGUACCCCGAGCACCUGCAGAACCUCCGUGGCAAGGGCCAGGGAACCUUCAUUGCCUGGGAUACACCCAAGCGUGACGAGUUCCUCGCCAAGGCCAAGGGCGUUGGUGUCAACAUUGGUGGAAGCGGUGUGAGCGCCGUCCGCCUGAGGCCCAUGCUGAUCUUCCAGCAACACCAUGCCGAUAUCCUCCUGGAGAGCAUCGAGAAGAUCAUCAAGCAGCUGUAAGGCGCUUUCGAUUUGCAUGACCAUCAUCUCCUUCGAUUUUGCAUCUCCUUUUGUUUCCCUAAGUUGGCAGUCCGGCGUUUAUUGAUGGGUUGGGCGGAUCUUUCCGUGUCUGAUUGGCACGCUAUCUAUGUGUUACUUUUUUGAAGCUGUUAGCAAGUUAUAUAUCUAUAGCAACCGACACUCUGAUGCCAUCCCAAAGUGCAUCGAUUUUGCAUGGGUAUCGAACAAAAUUCAACCGUUUAUCUUCACAAUG